AUCCUCUGACGAAGUCCUACAUGUACUAGGAAACAUAUUAGGUAGUUUACAGAAAGGGCGUACCAGUUUGAUAGUACCUAGAAAAAAAACUAUUUACGAUUUAUUGAAGAGUCGUAACAUGAAAUCACUUUCUCCACCGUUGGCAGAAGACUUGGCUAUAAGUUUUUAUAUACAAAGUCACAAGCUGGUAUUUGUUAUGUAUCACUUAAUGAAUAACCAGGGAGUGAUGACUCCUGAUCCUACACCAGCAGAAUGUUCAGUGCCUUGGCUUAAUGAAGUAUUAGUACUUUUUACAGUUGGAUUGCAACUUUGCCAACAGUUGAAAGAUAAGAUCUGCGUGUUUUCACAGUAUAAAGAUUUUACUGUAGGUUCGAGACCUGCUAGCCCCCAGUCUUGUUAACUAAGAAUCUCGAUAAGUGUUUAAAUUGCAUCGUCAAUUUUGCUAGUGUCAACUACUUAUAUUGUAAAUAUUUUAGAUAUUAUUAGAAUAUGUAAUGUAUAUAAUUCAUGUUACAACUUCUAGUGUAAUUUAUAGUGAGAUAUUACAUUGUGAAAUGUAUUUUAAUAUCGAGUUGGUGAUAAAUUUCACUAAUGGCUGAAAUGAAUUUUAAAGAAAGCUUAAAUAUUAUCAAUUAUUUAUUGUCUAGAAUGUGGAACACUCAAAAGUUUUAAUAAAGGCAUCUUAAGAAAACAAUA